GGCAAUGUUCCUUUACUAAUUCAUCACCCCUUUCCACCUACCCGUCUUCAUCAUGAAGUAUUUGGUGCUGUUGGCGCUGGUUGGUCUGGCGAGCUGCCGCACCGCUCUUAUCGGAGGGGACAACGCCCGUGACGUGACCAUCCUAUACUCUUACAUAGAUGACACUGGGAAGGAGGUGGAGGUAGAGGUGGAAGCAGAUCAGCUGGGGUUGACACUCAAUAAGGCUGCUCCUCCACCCGCCUUGAGGAAGACUGCCCCCACACCAGCUGCCACUCCCGCCCCUCUCAUCGAGACCCGCUAUGUUCAGGUGGCUGCCAACCCCGUCCCUACACCCAAGCCCAGGGAGGUCAUCCAAUAUAUCCUUCUUGAUGAUGAUGUUGCUAUCAUAGAGAUGAAACAAGUCAUUCCUGCUGCACCUCCUGCUGUCCGCAAGACUAUGGCCGCCCCACCUGCUGUCCCCAUGACAAUGGCUGCUGCACCUCCUGCUCAGCCCCUUCCUGCUGUCCGCCAUACCAUGGUCGCCCCUCCUGCUCAGCCCCUUCCUGCUGUCAGCAAGGUCAUGGCCGCACCUCCUGCUGUCCCUAUGACAAUGGCUACCCCUCCAGCUCGGCCCCUUCCUGCUGUCCCUAUGACAAUGGCCGCACCACCAGCUCAGCCCCUACCUGCCGUCCGCAAAACUAUUGCCGCGCCACCAGCUCAGCCCCUUCCUGCUGUCCGCAAGACCAUGGCUGCCCUCGACCCUCUUCCCUCAAAACACGCUGCCAAAGACCUAAGUGACAGCGACGAAGAAUAGACAAGUAUUCUCUGCAUUCACUCUUAUAAGUGUUCCCACCAUACACCAUUCACACGACUAUGCUCACCGUCAUACUGAUCCUUUAAUAAAGACAUUAUAAAAUUU